AGAACAAUUUAGUGACCUCGACCACUAGAUUCGACGAGAAAUCCCCACUAGGCUAAAUAUUUCGUAUGCACAGAAUUAUUUAGUGGGAGUGACCACUAAAUUCGACGAAAAAUCUCCACUAGGCCUAAAUAUUUCGUAUGUUCAGUCAUAUUUAGUGAUAGUGCCGACUAACGUUUUAGUUGAGGAAUCUAGUGGGCGACUGACCGCACUAAUUGGAUUUAGUGGAGUGAAUAGUGGAGCUUUUCUCCAAUAUGGCGGUAAACAGGCAUGUAUUUGAUAGGGAUUUUAAUGAAUUUAUUGUGUAUGCGAGGGAUAAUCCUUAUGCACCUGCGCCUAGAAGAUAUUUAAGGGAUGUGGAUAAUCCUUUAGAAUUUUACAGCAACAGUGAGUUUUUCAGACGGUUUCGUUUUUCAAAGGAAACCGUCACCGAUGUUAUUGUUCCACUUGUAACCCAAGACAACGGUGAAAAUCGUGGCCUGCCGGUUCCAACAAUCAUCAAAGUAACUACUGCUUUGCGAUUUUAUGGGAGCAACAGUUUUCAGAUUGUCUGUGGUGAUCUGAACCACCUGAAUCAGUCUACUGUGAGCAGAAUCGUGAAGGUGGUAUCUCAAGAACUGGCUGCACAUUUGCAGCAAUAG